AUGGACAUAAAAAAAUUCCUGAAGUUGAGUGGCCUCGUCUUGGCUCCAGAUGCAUCCGCUUACCUCUUCUCAAAUUUCAAACCGAAGACGGAUGAAGAGAUUAAACGCUUUGUUAGUAAUAUCCUCGCCAACCCCGGUUUGGAGGGGAAUCGCGUCUCGAAGCAAAUUUGCGAAAAGAUUCUUUCAGAAUUUGAAUCGGAGUCGAGUUCGUCAGAAACAUUUAUGUGUCUUAUCGACGCACUCGAUAUUCCUCGUUUCAAGUACUGUCAGAACACAAAGAAGUUUGUACCCUUUCGGCCUUCACUUGAAGAGGAUGUAAACAGUCUCCUCCCUUCCUCUCCUUCGAUAAGGUCAUUUGUUUGUGCCAAUCGAUACGAGGUGGUCUUCCAGCACGUCACCCGAAAUCCUCUUUUCGCGUCGGACGGCAAAGGCUUCAAGCUGCGUCCGGUUGAGUUCCUGCUCUCGAUGGGCGCCAAAGAAACCAGUGUUAUUGUCUUGGGCGUCUUGACCCAGCUUAAAAACGCCCAAUGGUAUCUUGAAGACCCGUCGAAUUUGGUCAAACUCGAUCUCUCGCAAACGCGGUUUCACCAGGGCGUUUUCUCCGAAGGCUCAGUUGUUCUAGCUGAGGGUUGGUACGACGACGAGGUCUUCCACGCCACUGGCAUCGGUCUGCCGCCGGUAGAGCGUGCCGUCGACACCCGACGUUAUUUCAGCGUCUCCAAUCCCUUCGGUGGAGCUAGUUUGGAUGCUCCAGCCGCUUCCAAUGAUCAGCGAAUGAUCCGACUGCUCAAUUCUGCUCAAGAUUCAAUGAUUGUCCUGCUGGGAGAAACGCGGCUGGACGUCCAUGGGUGUCUAGACCACCUCGAGACUGUCUUCAUGGGCUACACCGAGUUCCCUCCGGCUGCGUUCGUCCUCUGUGGCAAUUUCAUCAGUCCGGAUUACGGAACUUACCCCUCCGAUAAGCGUGCUCUGUUGCGGCAGCUUUUCGGUCGACUCACCGAUGCGUUCCUGCGGGCCUACGGCGACGCGGAGUCGCGUGGCUCGCGGCAACCCACCCUCGUGCUUGUCCCAGGCCCCUCCGAUCUCUGUCUCGGCCCGCCUGGGAUCUACCCUCGCCCCUCCCUUGCACCGGACCUCUUCCAAGCUGCCGAUCGAUCGAAACUCCCCGCCUGGCUCCAUCUAGCCUCGAAUCCGAUUCGUUUGCGCCUGUUCACGCGGGAGAUUGUCGUCUUCCGGUACGACUAUGGCCAACUACUCCGUCACUGCGUCCAUCUCCCCAGCACCACAGUCACCGGUCCAACCGGCGCUGAUAUCGGCUCGCUUGACUCGCAACCGGAGUCGACACCCGUGGAUUCGCAGAGCCAAUGUGAGGACUCCGAAGCCAACCAAUCGUCUGCUGCCAAGCUUGGACUUGGCCUCGCGCGUUGUUUGACCAGCCAAGCGCAUCUGACACCCCUGCCGCUGCACUCCAGUCCCGUGUACUGGGCCUACGACCAGAGCCUCUCCUUGAACCCGCUUCCCGACCUCGUUGUGGCCGUGGAACCGAACGCGAUCGCUGACCUAAACGCCGCCAGCGCACCGCCAAGCAGCGACGACAAGUCGCCGGACCCUUUUGGCGGCUGUCAAUUCACCAAUCCCGGCCGGUUUGGGACUGUGAGCACAGCCGGAGCAGGAACCACGGAAUACACGUUUAAGGUUUACUAUCCUAGUUCCCGAGUCGUGGAAGACAGUCGACUGCCGUCCUAG